UCCCCUCGCUCUCCGGCCUGGGCGGGCUCUCGGGGCGAGCGGCGGCACCGGGCCGCCCGGUUCUCCUGCCCGGUUCUCCUGCCCGGUGCCCUCGGGCCGGCGGCGCCGUGGGAGCAGCAGCGCGGGGCUGAGGGGCGGCCAUGGGCCGCAGCCGCUCCCGGUCACCGCCGCGGCGGGAGCGCCGGCGCUCGCGUUCCACGUCCCGGGACAGGGACAGGCGGCGGCGGGAGCGAUCGCGGUCCCGGGACAGGGACAGGAGGAGGAGCCGGUCCCGCUCCCCACACCGGAGACGGUCCAGGUCCCCGCGCCGGCACCGCUCCAGCUCCUCGUCCCCAGCGCGGCCCAAGGAGCGCCGGGAUGAGGAGAAGAAGGAGCUCAAGGACUCCAAGAAGGAGCGGCAGAUCACAGAGGAGGAUUUGCAGGGCAAGACAGAGGAGGAGAUCGAGAUGAUGAAGAUGAUGGGUUUUGCCUCCUUUGAUACCACCAAGGGGAAGAAGGUGGAUGGUGCUGCCAAUGCCUACGCCAUCAACGUGUCCCAGAAGAGGAAGUACAGGCAAUACAUGAACAGAAAAGGAGGAUUCAACAGGCCCCUGGAU